AUGACCGACCUCCAGGAGGACUUCGGACCAACACUAUGGGUGGUGAACACAAUCUUCAUUGUCUUGGCCACAUUCGCUGUUAUUGCCCGCUUUGGGGCUCGACGACUGCGAAAGCUGUCUCUCGGGGCAGAUGACUGGAUUAUCUGCGUGGCUCUUUUCUGGGACUGGCUAUUAUACGGGAUAUUCGUGGGAUGUCGAAUUAACGGCCUCGGCAAGCACCGAGAAACCCUCUCACCAGAAAAGGUUGCUACAUUCGCAGAGCUCCUCUACUUCUUCCAGAUCUUCUACGUGCUAGCUCCUCCGACUGUGAAGCUAGCACUGCUUUUUCUAUACCGACGCAUUUUCGAGCAUUCGAGUUUCUUGCGGAUUGUCGACGGCAUGAUCCUUCUGAUCUCUGUGUGGGCAAUUGUCAUGACUUUCCUCGCUAUUUUCAACUGCAAGCCGAUUAGCGCCUUCUGGACGACGGAGGGGACUUGUUUGAACUUUAAGGAAUUCGCUAUCGGCUACGCAAUUGUCAAUAUCAUCAGUGAUUUUGCGGUUUGGUUGAUGCCAAUUCCUAGGGUGUGGAACAUCCAGCUUCCGAAACCGCAGAAGAUUGCUCUGUCUCUGAUCUUUGCAUUGGGUCUUUUUGAUUGCGCUGCAGCUAUGGCCCGCCUUCUCCUCUCGAUGCUUGUCCUGGGCGAGUACGACUCCACAUGGCUCUACGCGAAGGGAUACAUGUGGUCCAUCAUCGAAGUUUCAACGGGCAUUGUCUGCACAUGUCUGCCAACGAUGCGAGUACUCUUGAAGACAGCUUUCGGUGGCGCCUUUGCAAGAAUCUUCGGCAUGUCCAGCGGAAAGGUCAGCCACCGGCCGUCAAGCAGCACGCCGUGGUCGAAAACAAAUGAGUAUUAUAAUGAUAUUGGGGAGGCAAGGUCGGUGGAUGUCUCUUCCAACGCCCAUCGUACAAACAAUGUUUCUGAAUUGCAUGCAGACUGGGACACAAGCUCGCAGCGGAUACUGGUGACGGAAGAGGUAAAUAUUGAACUUCGGCCAGUUGAUCACCGGCCGUCUGUAAAGGUAGCUUAA